AUGCGCCUAUCGUGGGUCUUGCUUUUGGCCCUUUUGGGCUGCCUACUGCUCGCCCAGCAGGGAUGCAGUGAGGAUACCACCACUUCCACGGAAAGCACCAGCUCCGCCGAUGACACCACCUCUACCACUGCCGCCUCUUCUGACGCUACAACGGCGGCGUCGUCUGCCACCACCACCACUGCGUCGUCCUCUUCCUCUUCCUCGUCCAGCGCAGCUGCCAGGCGGCGCAGGGCAGCCGCACGCCGACGACGUCAAGCCCGCCAGCGGCGCAGGCGUCAAGCGCGCCAAAGGCGCCGCCGUCAAGCGCAGCGUAGGAGGCAGAGGCAGCGUCGUAACAGACGGGGAUGA